UUAUUUCUAUCGGAUUAAAAACAAAAAACAAAAUGGCGCUACAAAUCCACUCUUCGUGUACCUUGGCCUCGAGACCUUAUCAUCUUCAUCGUCUCUUGAGUACCAGAAACCCUAAUUUCGCAAUCAAAUGUCAAAAUCCCCAAAUCGAAACGGAGGAUCCAGCUCAACCGAAGAAUUCUUCAAGCUCUUCCGGCGUAGGGUUCGGUUCUCCGGCUAAGAAACUGAGUGCGGCGGAUACAUCUGGGAAUAAUAAGAAAGGGAAAGGGAAGAGAGUGGUGAAUCGGCGUGCUCCGGUGGAGAAACCGGUGUUUAUGAGCGAAGAAGGAGCGGCGAAAGCAGAGGAGCAGAGACAGAACGAGAACGCGUUUCUUCUUACUUGGCUUGGGCUUGGUAUCGUCAUCCUCAUCGAAGGACUCACACUAGCCGCUUCAGGUUUCCUCCCCGAAGAGUUGGAUAAGUUUUUUGUGAAGUAUGUGUAUCCAGUGUUCACUCCGUCGGUUGUAUUAUUUGUGGCUGGGACAACUGCAUAUGGAGUUCUUAAGUACAUACAGAAUGAGAAAAUGAAGGGUCAAGAGUGAUACUAUACAAAUAUUCGAGCUAGAUCAUAUGAAUAGAGAGAGA